AUGCGCGAGAUCGUUGCAGCGGAGCCGCCCUUCACUUGCACGCCGGCGCUUGUUUUGAUCGUUUUAGAGCCGAAGCAUGCUCAGACGCUGCUGCGGGCCGCAAAUCUGCACUUUCCCUUAGACGAUACCGAGGGUGCUCAUUUGAAGCGCCUGCGACCACGUCACAGUGCGGCCCCAGCGCCAGUGACGGAGGCACUACCUGCACAACUUGCUACCCCGUCCUCGAGCUUGGAGCUUCUCCUCGCACUCCAGCCACUAGCAACAUGUGCCGCGUUGCACCCGACACCCGUCUCGGCAAGCAAUGCACCUUCUUCUUAUGCGAUUAGCGGGACGAGUGACAAUUCAAGUGCGGUGAAAACCAGUUGCGCCGCCUUGACACACCAACUCCUAUGGCCUCUGAGUCGAGCAGACGAGUCGCUGAGUGCUGACCAGGUGCUGGAGCUUCUCUCCAGUGACUUCGCUUCGACCUCGAAGGUGGCGCGGUUUUGUGCAUUCGUAGAGACGGCCUCAGCCGUGGUCUCCGGCAACUCCGCAGCGUGUGUCCUACGCCAGCAAGCGAUUUGCAUCCCCAACUGCAGCGACGACGCAGACGGUUGCACUCCAACGCCGAGCUCCUCUCACCGAGGGGACGAGACUGCACCUACCUCGGCUGCUGCGGCUGCUUGUUGUCCUCUUGCGUUUCAAAUCGUGCCUGUCUCAGCGACGGCCCCGAGGUUGGAUCCGGCGGAAUGGGCGAGUGCCAAUCGUGUGUGGCCACUCGCUGUACCCCGUCCUCAUAGUCCAACUCAGCCGCCCCCACAAUGGGUGGCCGAGGUUUGCAAGAACAUGGUGAGGCAUGUUUUUCCACUCUGCCAGGGUCUGCGCCGUGUCUGUGAGGCUCGCAAUGAAAAGGCGCAUGGCAGCGGGCUUUCUUUGGAGGGAGAUGUGGGUGAGUCUUCGAAAGUUACGUCUUCGCCGCAAACCAGGAUGACUGAAGAGGUUGUCCUCGGGGAGGAGGAGUCGCAUAGGCUGCUGGACAUUGUGGCUGUCGUGAUUGAUCCUUCCACAGGGCUCGUUUUGGCGACGAGCUCCGGCUGUGAAUCCAUGCGAGCGGACAACCCUGUUGCCGCCGCGCCAUACUGCGGCGUCGUGCGAGAAGCACCACACGGCGAGGACCCCAAUUCAUGGAAGCAGAGGCGUGCAGCAGCACCGCAGCACCCGUGCCUGAUCCUUGACCACCCGGUAAUGUACGCGUUGAAGCAGCUUGCCGCAACACAGCAACAGCAAGAGCACCAGCGGCAAACGAGGCAGGCUUCCGGCGACAUGGUUGAGACGAUCUCCGCCCCUGGGAGUCCGGCACUCGGGCCAUCCAGUGCCGUUACUGCUGAAGGUUCCCGCUACGUGGGAAGCGUCCGUGCAUAUCUGGCGAAUGGGCUGGACAUGUACGUGACGCAUGAGCCGUGCGUCAUGUGUGCUAUGGCGCUAGUUCACAGUCGCAUCCAGCGCGUGUUUUUUCUCUUUCGAAACGCGGUACACGGUGGUCUUGGGGGCCGCUAUCACGUCCAUUCCAUUGCCUCGCUGAAUCACCACUUCCGUGCAUACGAAUGCACGGAGGCGGCGGCGUUGUACACCCAGCUGUAG